AUGAAGUCCUUCAUCGCCACCGCUCUCAGCGCCCUCCUGGUCGUCGGCAACGUCGCCGCCACCGCCAUCGAGGACCCCAUCGAGAUCUUCAACCGCCAGGCCGCUGGUCAAGUCAUCCGCCAAUGCUCCAAGCCCGGUGUUCUCGCUCUCGCUUACGAUGAUGGCCCAGGCCAGUACACCAACCAACUCAUUGACACCCUCGACCGAGCCGGCGCCAAGGGCACAUUCUUCUGGACCGGCAAGCUCUACGGCUGUGUUUACAACAACGCCGCUGCCGUCAAGAAGGCUUACCAAAACGGCCACCAAGUCGCCAGUCACACCUGGACCCACCCCCAGAACUUCGGUAGCUUGAGCACCGACCAGCUCAAGCAGGAGAUGCAGAAGUUCGAGCAGGCCAUGGUUAACAUCAUUGGCAAGAAGCCCGCUUACAUGCGUCCUCCUUACCUCGCUACUGGCGGCAACGUUCUUCCUACCAUGGCCCAGCUCGGGUACAAGGUCAUCACCAACGACGUUGACUCUGGUGACUGGAACGGCCAGUCUGCUCAGCAGAGCCAGCAGAAGUUCCAGCAGGCUGGUGCUGGUGGCAAUGGCCACAUCCCUCUCAUGCACGAGACCUAUGCCAGCACUGUUAACACUCUUACUCCCUGGUUGCUCAACUGGGCCAAGCAGAACAACCUCAAGAUCGUCACUGUUGCUGAGUGUCUUGGUAAUGCUGCUGGUGCCUACCAGCCUGGUAACUUCCAGGGUAACGGCCAGAACUUCUGUUAA